AUGUUUUGUCGGAUUUUGUGCUGUCUUAUGAUAGUAAGGCAGAUUUCUGCCUCAAGUGCAGAGAGCUGUCCAGAAUUUCCUCCAGUGAAUAACAGCGUAUUUGUCGCAACGGAGGUGGAAGGGCAAAUUCUGGGGACUUACUUUUGUAUCAAGGGUUACCACCUGGUAGGAAAGAAAACCUUUUUCUGCAAUGAAUCUGAAGAGUGGAAUGUCUCCACCACUGAGUGCUACUUGGGCCACUGUCCUGACCCUGUGCUGCUGAAUGGCGAGUUCAAUUCUUCAGGGCCUGUGAAUAUAGGUGACAAAAUCACGUUUAAGUGUAACGACCGCUACUUCCUCAAGGGCAGCAAUUGGAGCCAGUGCCUGGAGGACCACACCUGGGAGCCUCCCUUUCCCAUCUGCAAAAGUCGAGACUGUGACUCUCCUGGGAAUCCAGACCAUGGCUAUUUUGAAGGAGAAGAUUUCACCUCGGGAGCUGUCAUUGCUUUUUACUGUGAGGAGAGGUACCGCUUAGUGGGCACACAGGAGCUGCAGUGCAUUGAUGGUGAGUGGAGCAGUGGAUUUCCCACCUGUAAGUGGAUCCAGGAAGCUCCCAAAACAGCUCUGCAGUCUGGGUUGGAGAAGGCACUUCUUGCCUUUCAGGGGACUAAGGACCUUUGCAGUGCCACAGAGAACUUCAUGAAAAGAUUACAGGAAAGUGGCUUAACAAUGGAAGAUGUAAAAUAUUUUCUGGAGACGAAGAAAGCUGAGUUGGAGGUUUCUAAGUCUUCUGCAGCAGUGUUGCUUAUUGUCUUGGAUGAAACCCAGCCCAACAUUGCCGUGAGGUCUGAGAUGGAGCAACACAAAGGAACAGAUCUUCUCCUUUUUUUAGAAGAAGAAGAAGUGUCUGAAAAGCACCAGGGGAACACAGAGACACUGGGAUUUCUUGGUGGAGUCCGGCAAUUUUUCCUCAAGGAAGUGACAGUUGAUGUGGAUAGUGAAUAA